CGCCACCAACCCUGUGAAUGAAUUGUUAUCAAAUACUGGCAACUGGCGUAUGUUUAUAUCUUUCUUUUAUUUUCCGUUCUAUUAUUCGCAAGAAUGUACCGUGUGUUUAGUGGCUAAACAUUUUUUACAAUGAAACAAAUCCACACGUCGAUCAUUAAUCUUCUAUGCAUGAGUUAUUCGUUUGUGUUCGAUGUCAAUCCUAUUCCACUACCAAUUUCAAUUUAAGUUUUUCGAUUUGUGGUUUUGAUCUACACGUUUCACAACAAUGGAUUAUCCGAUUCCUAAAGAUCAUAUGAAUUUUGUUUGGAUGAAUGGAGACAAUAAUAUGUUUAUUCCUCAUCCUGAAAACGAACAUACUACAUCAAUAGAUCCGGUGUUCUAUGAUAACUCUAUGCCACAGACGGAAACUAUUCAACCUAGAAUGGAAUUGAACAAUUAUAUGUUAUACAAUCAUCCAAAGGAUGUGGAUAACUCAAAUGGAAUAUGGAAAUUCCAAGCUACACGUAGUAUUCAGAAUAUUGGGUUUUGUGAACAAGGAAGAAAAAUAAAUGUACCUAGCUCACGAAAAAUUAAACCUAUUCAAAAUCCUGCAUUAAAAUUAAAAACUCCUAUUGCAUAUCAAAGAGAUUCAGAUCCUAACAUGUUACCCAUUGAAAAAGAAGGAAGAGGUAAAAAUAAACAUUGUUUUACUAAUUUAUUUGGUAACAAUAUAAAUAUAUUUUUUUUUCAUUUAUUAAAUUAAAAAUGCUUCAGCACA